CCACGGCGACGUUCGAGGCGAACCUCAGUCGUCCGCGCACCCUCGAACGGUGAGGGUGGUCGUGCUCGGUGGUGAGUAGUACCUUGACGUUCUCUCGCCGUUGCCACCGAGUGGUGCAAGAACCGUCACACUCCGCCAGCUGACCCUCGACCCUGUGCGACGUCCCUGCCGACGUCAUAGCUGUGCGGGCAUUCGACCCUUGGCGGCUGACAAAGGAAGCACACGCGCCAAUACCGCAGGCGGUCUUGAGAGAAACCACGAGUGCUCGACAAAGGCUGUAAAACGGGUGCGAACGAGGGAGUGGAGUCUGAUUCGGGAACCGGCGGGAUUCAAACACGAAACCUGGGUCAAGGGUCGAGGAAAACCGAGCAUCGAAACGAUGUGAGAGGAAUAUAUGGACGGACACCAAACGGAUUGGGCAGAUUCGGCGAAAUCACGAACACGUGGCGAGACGUGAAGCGGGCGUUGAGCCUGCUGUGCGUAAAGAAAUUUUCCGGCAGCGCGACAAUGCUGGAGGCGCCGCCUGGAAGUCGCGAAGACCUCGUAGAGGCGGCAAGAACUCCAUGUACACCUACCGAUCUGGACACGAUGCUGUACGGAUACACGAACAGUAUAUACGUGCUGGACCACACGCCUGAGUCCCUGCCGGAUAUGGACAUGCUGCAACUAUUCGCGUCGCCAGCAGGUCGAGCGCUGCUCACGAACGACAAUCGACCGAGAGGAUCGACGUCGACCUCCUCCUUGUCUCGAGAGUCCUCGUCAAGGCUGAAGAGCGGUAGGAGACCAUCGGGUACCGGCACAGUCAGCGCACCCACAUCGCCGCCAAGACGGCGGAAGUCGAGCGCCGAGCUCUACAAGGAGGCCGUCGAGAUCCUCGGCCUAACUUGCUCACUGACCGAUAGCUGCCGGUGCAUCGAUUGCCAGAGCAAUUACUUCAACUGCGAGGACGAUUGCGCCGACGCCGGUACGGAAUUGGCUGCAGGCACUCCUAUUUUAUUGGACCACGCUCUGUCGCAUCAUCUGACUGUAUGCUCCAUACAGUAGCAGGCGACUGGCAGACGAAGACUACGUGAUCAGCCCCCGGUUAACCCGCUCUGCCACAUUUACCGGAAGAAGAUGAUGACGUCGCCGGCACGUUGACAUCUCCCGCGACAAAGGAUACGCAACGACCGCGCUCAAGAGACAAGAAUCCCUGCGUGACCGGAAGUAACCAGCGCGGCAACGGCAUUAUGCAGCGAUCGAAUAUUUAACGGGAAUGUCGAGUCGUUCGUUUUGUGUUUCGCUCAUCCGCGCAGGGAGUCCGCGCAAAUAUUUUCCCUCGCCAAAUCAUUUGCCUGACGGUUCGCGCGAUUGGGCGAUUAUUUGCCCGACGGCUAUUGCAGAAUCGCACCUGUCCGACAACAUGAAUUUUUAUUCAAGCGCAUUCUCGUGCGCAUCCCAUCGAGUGCACUCUAUCGGGUAUGUUUUGUAAUCGCUUCGAAACAUAAUAUAUGAACUUGUUGUUGUCGUCGAAUUUGUUACAAUUAUACGAGAUGCGACAGAACAAAACGGGAUAAUCUGUUGCGAAUCGUCACUCGUCACAGAGGCGUUCCGUGUUAUUUGCUCUCAGCGGUGCAACGACUCGCACCGACUUGUUGUAUCGGUCGAAAAUUCGACUUUCAGAAAUUGCGUUCAGAAGCGACGAAGAAGAGCACGGCUCAAAAAGAAUCGGACAACUAUGCCAAAUAGCGCCAAAUUUAUGAUAGGAAAUCCUAAUUAAUAAUAACGCGCCUGCGUCGCGUCUAACAUUCAUUCAUCGGAUAAACGUAUCGGUAUUGUUUAAUCGCGGUAUAUAAAUUAUAUAUUAUAUAUAUACACGUGUAUGUGUGUGUGUAUGUGUGUGUACGUAUACACACGCACACACGCAAAAACAUAUAUAUAUAUUAUAUUUACUACAUGUUUUAUUAUUAACAUUUACUUAAGUCUAGCGAAAUACAGUUGUUGAACAGCAAGCGCUCGCGCGGCUAAAAAUAAAGAGAAAAGCUCCAGCUGGCGAAUUAAGCGAUUUCGCACGAUGUUAUGUAUAGACUUUACAUAUAUGUCAAGCAGUUGAGUAUGUGUUCGAUUAAGUUUUCUAAAGUGAACGCUCCUACUGAAGAACUCCACGUUGAGUUAAGGAGACGCAUGUAAUAAUACAGCGAGUAAGAUAAAAGUACCAAUGUCCGGACAUACACCUAAUUCUGAACAUUCUUAUUAUUCUGAUCUUAAAAUAUAAAUAUUUAAACUUUUAACAUAAAAAAUAUAUAUACAAAUAUUGUAUAUAUACAAAUAUAUACGUAUAUUCUAUGUUGAAAGUUUAAAUAUAUUCGUAUUUAAAUAUCAAAAUAAUAAGAACGUUCAGGAUUAAAUAUAUGUUCGGGAAUUGAUACUUUUACCUUAAUGGUGUUCUCGACCCGUGAGAUUUGCGCAAAAAUACAACGCAAUGCAUUUAAAUUAACAGAAUGUAGUAAACUCUUAGUAGAAACCUUAGUGGCGAAUGUUCCGUCACCACACGAACUAGGUUACUGCGAAAUGAAGCAAGUAAUAAUCGGAAGGUUGAGGACACCUCCUCCGCGUGUAAUUGUAAGCGACGAUAAACGAUAAACGAAGUUAGGCCUGAAUUAUGUUGCGAAUUUCAAACUGGAUGACGCAAACCGAGAAAACGAACGUGAGAAAGUGUCGCUCGCGCCCUGAACGAUUAGAGGAAGCUUAGCGAUAUAUCGGACUUCGAAGAGGGUCAAGUGCCAAAUAACUCGUUGCUAAGCCAGAUGAUCAAUCUAAUUGUUAAUGAAAUCUCCGCGUGUAUGUUGAUUAACACGUUGCGCUAUAUCUCGAACACUCCGGUGAAAUUUUAUAUCGAGCUUGGAGCAAAACGUUUACCUCCAGACUUAAUCGAUAGGAAUUCGAUACGUUUUGCCCCCAAAACUGUUUCAAUGCGUUGAAGAUUAAAUUUCUAUCGAUCCUUCGGUUCGCUGAGAAUCACAUUAUUUAGGACCAGAGUGCAUUCUGUAAUUUAAGUUACAAUUAUACGUACAUUGUAUACUUUGUAAUCUACAAAACAGAUAAUAAGCUCUCGUUUCUGGGAUCAUAAGUAACGAGGCAUCUACAGUGUAUCUCAUCAGCAGAUGUUUAACAAUCGAUGAGGGAGCUGUCGCAACUUUCAUGCAUCUCCUUUUGUCAAACAUUUAUUAUGAUUUAACCAGAGAUGGCUCAACAUCUCGCAUGCGGAAUCGUCUCAUUAUUGUUUAUCGUAGCCGCAGCUUCGAUUAUUCCUCAUGCAAAUCUGCUUUCAGUUCGUGUGUGAACUUUUGUCUUUGUUGUCUGAAUUUGGAAACAGUAUCCCUCGCUCAAGAAUCUGAUAUUACAAAUAUCGAGAACAGCUGGUGUUACAAGCUUCCACAGCGAUAAAUCUAGCUUUAUUUUCCGAAAAAAACACUCGCAUGCGAGCGAAAUUCUUGCGUAAAAGCACGCGAAUGUGCUUUUAAUGUGCAAAACAUCGCUAUCAUAACACACAAACACACGUAAUACAUAUUCGUGUGAACUUUCGUCUUCGUUGUUUGAAUUUGGAAACGGUAUUUCCUCCCCUCCCCCGCCCCCUUCGCCUCUCUCUGAGAAUCUGGUGUUUUACACACACCUCGAGCGAUAAAUCCAGUUCUGCUUUUCCGAAAACAUCUGCACACGGGUGGAAUUCUCACGUGAAAAGGUGCGCGAAUAUGAAAAUCUCACGGUCAGUACUACGCAGUACUACGCGGUAAUUUCUGUUUCGCACAUUCAGGAUUUCGUGAUAUUGCCAAAAUCUUACUACGACAUCGUUACUUUUUACAACGAGACACACGUCGUCGGUACUAGAUGUAAUGAAUAGAUCUAUACUGAAUCUCGUCUUCGUCACACGUUUCCGCCAACUCGGCGAACGUUCGAUGAACGAGUAGAAUCGCGCUCUUCUUGAUCUAAACAGCCGUCGCCGUUUAUCGCGAAGUCGUGCGAAUAGUAGUUUUCUGAAAGCCAUAUGAUUUUUCCUCCUCGAGUUUAUUAUUCAAAUAAGCGCGAACGAAUAUGCAAUACAACUAUCAGGGUUGCCGCACGUAUCGUCUCAGUGAUCGAUCUUUUCGCUCGAGAAAAGUAUCCUGAACGCAAGGCCGCGCAUUCUUUCGCGAGCAUCACAAAAUUAAACUACCGUGCAUCAAGUUUGUUCCAAGAGGAAUUUUGCACGUUAUGUUAUGAUUCCCGUUGGCUACCAGAAGUGGAUUAAGAAAUUCCGUUUUGGUGACACAACAAACAGGCUUUCUACAUCACGAGUGUCUAAAAUAAAUGAUCGAUGAUACCUGAUAGCUAACGCAUACUCUUCUUCGCGCGCAGUAACGACUGAUCGAUCAACGGCCUCGGAUAUCUGACGACAUUUACUAAUGUACCUUUUUUCACCAAGUGACGAUUAUUUGUCUUUAUUAAAGAGAAUUGCGUCGUAGCAGAAUGUUAGUAUGAUUGAAGUACUACCAGUAACGUUAUUAAGUGUAGAUAGAAAGAGGUGUGAUCUCUUGGAUUAAGUAGACGUGAAGCGGGAGAAAGCCGUGAAAUUGAGAUCUAAGUUUUGUAAUUAAUACGUCGACUAUGGUAAUCUGCAAAAUCGAAUUGUUUUCUUAUUCUGUUAGGUAAAAUUUUAUUACUGUCAAUUAUUCUCCGCAUUAUUGCGUGACACUUCUUUAAGACGUAAGUACGUUUAGUAUUGUUACGUUGUUACGACUAUAGUUAAGUUUUUGUACGAUGUUAUUAUUAUGAGAGUAGUUCAGGCACAUAAGAUCACUGCUGCCUACUUUGUAUGUAUUCCCGGCUUUCUUCCGCAUACAUCCGCAGCCAACCGAGUUUUAGAGUGCACGUCCGUUGCGUCGGAUUGGCUUCUUCUCAUCGACGAAAGUAACAGCGCAAUUAAUAACCUUUCCGAAUAUAUUCGAGAGUCGCGAGGAUAAUAAUCUCGCGAGGGUAUGUAAUGUGAAAUCUGUGGCUUCUAACCAUUUUAUAGUAACAUAAAUUGCGAGGGAAGUUUGGAGGGGAUAAUCCUCGCGAGCCGCUGUGGCGUACUCUUCGAUAAGACUACCAUUAAAGUACGAUACAAUAUA